AGCAGGACGGAUGGACUUAGGAAUUAGAGCGGCAGCACUGUUUUUACGAGCAGAGACAUAAGUACUCUAAUUUAUAUCAUACUCUGACAACUUGUUUGAUCUGUGUGUCUGUUUUCCCACUGUAUUGUUUCUGAUGAGAUAGAACAGACGACUGGAUUGCAGGCUCACUCCUGGAAAAUUACGUCAGGGAGAGGAGUGGGGCUGCAGUUUUGGAUGCUGAGUGGAGACUGAAGAAAGCAUGCACUUUAGUACUGUAUUUCUACACAGUCCUAAUAUGUUUUUCUGAAACUCCUGCAAGGUGCCACUUGUGUUGCUUUUCUGUCUUUUGUUUUAUUUGGAGCUUACAAAGUGCUGUAGGCAAAGCAGCCUCAGGAGAAUUGCACUGGCAUGGUGACCCAGCUUCGUACUGCUGCUGGUUUAAAUGCAGCAAGUGUUUUGACUGAAUGAGUUGGAAGAAACCUGGACAUAUCUUGUACUUCAAGAUUAGCAUUUCAACAGCCAACGUGAGAGGGAUAGGAGCAACUCCAGAAAGGGCUUCUCUGAAGUUGAGUACUAAUAGUUGGCUUUAAAGAAAAUGAAAAAAGAAUGCACCUCAAGGUCUUUCAGACUCAAACAAAAUUCAGGUUCCCUCUUGCAUGCUGUGAGCUGGAUAAAUUUCUCCUCCUUGUCUAGGCAGACAAAAAGAUUGUUUCGCAGUGAUGGUGAGCUCUCAUCAAUAGGUAGGCAAGUAGAAGAGGAUGAUGAGAACUGGACCUACAGAACUCAACACAGAAAAGCUGUCUCCAACCUAGAUGAAGAAAGUAGAUGGACAGUCCAUUAUACUGCUCCCUGGCACCAGCAGGAAAAUGUAUUCCUGCCCUCCACGAGGCCACCUUGUGUGGAGGAUCUGCAUCGCCAAGCCAAGCUGAACCUCAAGUCGGUACUAAGAGAAUGUGACAAGCUGCGGAGGGAUGGCUAUCGAAGUUCUCAAUAUUACUCUCAGGGUCCAACCUUCUCUUCUUCUAGUGCAGCCUGUGGAAGUUACCAAGAUGAUUAUGAAGAAAUUGAACGAAAGUCUAGUCUGUUAGACUGCAUAUCUCGGUCUUGCAUUAGCACCUGCUGUUCCUUGGUUCCAUGGAGCCUCAAGUGCUCAGUCCCUUCUCCAGAAGAGGAAAAGCUUAUUAGCAUCAAGAGAGCUAGAACACCAGUUUCAAAUGAAUGUUCUGAUAUCGACACCCAAACUAACUGGACCAAGUCACUUCCAUUGCCAACACCAGAGGAGAAAAUGCGACAGCAAGCACAAGCGGUCCAAACAGAUGUGGUUCCUAUUAAUGUAACUGGGGAGAAUUUCGACCGCCAAGCCAGCAUUCGGCGGUCUCUAAUUUACACAGACACUGUGGUAAGACGGCCGAAGAAAGUCAAAAGGAGAAAGACUAUUACAGGAGUCCCUGACAACAUACAAAAGGAGCUAGCAGUUGGCACUGGCCAAAGUGACUUCCGUGGGCAUUCGAUGCAUAUCCCAGAUUACUAUUCCACACUAGGGAGACUAGACAGCUACCGCUCUGCUAUACAGAGAUCUGAAACCAAGGACACCAGCUGCCAGACAGAAGAAGUCAAAGUCGUGCCCCCUUCAGUGAGAAGAAUACGAGCACAGAAAGGACAAGGGAUUGCGGCCCAGAUGUCGCAGUUCUCCAGCUCAUCUGGAAACAUGUCUGUGAUGAGUGAUUCCGCUGGGGUUAUAUUUGCCUCUCGCCUAAAUAACGACAUGGGUUUUCAUAGCCUGCCUCGACCUGGAGCAAGAGUGUCUCUGCAGUCACUAGACCAAAGGCAGAGCAUCUCUAACCAGGCAGAAGACAUCACUGGCACUUUGUCACACCACAUAAGCAAGUUGCAGGUUGAUAAUAGUGUGGUCCAUAUGAGGAAUAACCCUAGGACUGGGACACUGCCAAGGCCAAAGUCCCAAGAGGUGAGAAGUUAUGAGAGUGAAAAAGCUGCAACCCCAGCAUGUGUGGUCUCUCCUCAUGCUACAUAUGCAACCAGCAUCAUACCAAAUGCCACAAUAUCAUCCUCUUCAGAAGUAAUUGUGAUUCAUACCACCCAGAGUGCUGGACCAUUGGAUAGUAAAAUCACCAGCUCAUCUUCCUACACAAAACCCAGAGACAGUCCUGUUGCCAACAAUGCAGUAAGCAUGAAAGAAGAUCAUCAUUCUUCUAGCGGUAACUGGAGUGAGAGCAGCUCAACACGCUACUCCCAGACCUCAGACACUGUCUCGUCUAAUGCUACCAUGAUGCUCUCCCUUGGUGACUCAGCAGUAUCUCUCAGCACUCCAGGAAAUGUGGAGAAUACGUCCCAAAGUAUGAGCUAUAGCUGUAGAAACAAUCUCCCUUUCCCAGGCCACUCCCAGGAUAGCGAUGGCAGAAGUGAAUCCAGUUUUUCAGGGGACAGAUCACAAAGCAACAGUAUAAACAGCACAGAGCACUGGGUAUAUGAAUCUAGAGAAAAUGAUGAGACACCCUCGCACAAGGUAACCUGUGCCACGGCAGGUUAUUCCACUCCUGUAAGCAACGUGAGUAGCAGCAGCCUAGAGCGGACUUCUGUCAAAGAAGAUUCAAGUUCUCUGUAUUCAGUGGACCAUGACGGCUACUACACUACCAUGCAUAUGGACUCUGGACUCAAGUCAAGUAAACUAUGCAAUAGUAAUAAUGGUUUUGGAAACCCCAGGCACAGUGUGAUUAAUGUUUUUGAUGGAAAUGAGAAGAAAAAUCAAGACGAGCGGUCAAGCAACAGUGACAAAUCUCUCAUACGGAACAUAUCUUUGAAAAAAGCAAAGAAGCCACCUCUUCCACCAUCCAGAACAGACUCGCUCAGAAGAGUCCCAAAAAAAAAACCCCAGUCCAGCGGACAGGUACUUGAUGAAACACUAAUCACUACCCUCCAGCAUUCACUGCAGUUAAACCUUCAGUGCAAAAAUGGUAGCUCCCCAUCCCAAAGUCCAUGCAGUGAUUAUGAGGAUCCCUGGGUGCUGCGCUCUCGCAGCCAGAGCUCUGUCAGCGCAAGUAGCAGCAUGAUGUCCACAACAGCUCCAAAUAUGUACUCUCUCUGUACUGUCACUCCAUCACAGAGUGACACAAGCAGCAUCAAGUCAGAGUAUGCUGACCAAUGGGGUUACUACAGUGACUGUGCUGGGAUGCCAGAUGAUCAGUUCAAAUGCCCAGUGGCUCGUUCUGCAAGCAUGACAGCCAGCCUCAAUGAUUACAGCAUCAGCCACCUCAAUGAGGGCUCAAGGGCUUCUAUGCCCCAAGCGGCCAGUGGACUGACCAAACCAAAGAACACUUCUCCAGAGAAGUCUCACAGAGUCACAUCACCAUCUAGUGGGUAUUCUAGUCAAUCAAAUACACCCACAGCACUUACUCCAGUGCCCGUAUUUUUAAAAUCCAUGUCACCAGCAAAUGGGAAACCCAAGUUGAAACCGAAAGUGCCUGAGAGAAAAUCUUCUCUGCUUUCUUCAGUAUCCAUCUCUUCAUCCUCCACUUCUCUUUCUUCCAAUACAUCUACUGAAGGGAGUGUGAACAUGAAGAAACUGGAGCCAGCCCUGACCUCCCCUCCUGAUGCUGCUGGUCCUCCACCUCUGACACCUCCACAUUCCCCUGAUCAUCCUCUCCCUCCUCCGCCCCCUGCCCCAGCAGAUGGAAUGGAUCUGCCUCCAUUACCAGCCUCUCCCAGCUUCCCCCCACCACCGCCAGAAGCUAUUAUAAAUCCUUCCUUUCCCCUGAGUGGUCCAUGGUUUCCUUCUCCUCCACAGGAAACAUCAUUCAGUCCUUUUUCGGCCCCUUCUCCUCCCCUUCCAUCCCCUUCUUCCUCCAUUUUCCCCAAUGUAGUACCUCCACCAGCACCACCUCUUGACCCCAAACUGACACAAGAUGCAACUAAAUUCACACGAUAUUCUAAGAAAUGUAAUCAGGAUGAUUCUGGCUACAGUGCAGUGAAACAGCCAGCCAACAAGCAAGAUUGCAGUAGGCCUGUAAUGCCCUUAAUAACCACCAAAGCACUGCAAAUGGUACAACUGAGGUCUGUGAAAAAAUGUACAGGCGCACAGACUGAACAAUCAGCUGGAUCUAUUUCUGAAGCCAACUCUCAGGAAAAAGCAACCGUAAUUUUCUCACCACAGCCUUCUCUAAAACCAUCUCUUUCACUAAGGCUUAGUAACAGCCUGGAUGAAGAGAUGAAAGCUCAUAGUCCUUCCUUCAAAAACUUAAUUCAAACUCCUCCUCAGAGCUCACUUCCAAAUCUCAGUGACAGUGCACCUGAGAUCAACAGUGGCCAAAAACCUGGAAAUGCAGCAGGUCUAAUGCAAACCUUUGAAGCUGAUGUAUCAGGAACAAAUAUUGAAGAAGCACCUCAAUCUCCUGUGCAGAAUGAAAAAUCUCACGCUGACCUUAUUAGUAUACCAUCUCAGGUGCCAUCACGGUCUGCAAACAAGAACCAGGGUAUAUCACCAAACAAGAAGCCACCUCCUAUUUCGAAGAAACCCAAACUGUUCCUCAUUGUGCCACCUCCGCAGCUAGAUUUUACAGCAGAGAAAAUAGCUAACGCGAGUGAUCCUGUCAGAGGCACAUCAAGUCCAACUAGGAGAGAGACUGCACAUUGCGAAGAAGCAAAAAAUUGUCUUACAGAUGGACUCAGUUCCAAUGAGAUGGACUCGGGCAGAUUGGUUCCUGAGGGAGGAGCUGCUGGUUCCACCUUCUUUGAAACAGUGGAAACCAAUGUCUGUAUGGUACAGCCUGCUGCAUCACCAGUUCAAGAAGCUCCCAAGCAGGAGCAGCAGACCACUUUGGAUGAAGGAAGUAGUUCAGACAGCAAUGGAGACAACAGCAGUAACACUGACAGACAUCUAUCUCAAGAGGAUGAAAGUGCUGAGGUGUUUGAGACAGACACAACAAAGAAUUCAUCACUGUCAAGCAACAGUUACAGGGCAGGGAAUGAGGAGGUGGCAACGCCAGCUAGACCGAGAACUACUGAGGAUCUGUUUGCAGCCAUUCACAGAUCCAAAAGGAAAGUCCUUGGCCGCAAAGAUUCUGAAGAUGACCGUACCCGCAACCAUUCUCCUUCACCCCCAGUAACACCCACUGGUGCUUCCCCAAAUCUAGCCUCCUUCAAGCCCGCAGGGUCAAUUCAGAGAAGCAUUCGCAAGAGCAGCACCAGCAACGAUAACUUCAAAGCCCUGCUGCUGAAGAAGGGGAGCCGCUCAGACACCAGUUCCCGCAUGUCAGCAGCAGAGAUGCUGAAGAAUACAGAUCCAAGGUUCCACCGGACAAAGUCAGACUCCUCCCUUGAGUUCCUUGACAGCCCUGCGAGCUGUUCCCCCAGCAAGAACAAAAGGGCCCAAGAAGAGUGGGCCAAGAGUGAAGGCCUGAUGCCAAGGAGUAUGUCCUUUUCCAGCACAAGGUAUGGCAGGUCGCGAACACCACCCUCUGCUGCCAGCAGCAAGUACAGUGUCCGGAACCGUAUCCAGAGCAGCCCCAUGACUGUUAUUAGCGAGGGAGAUGGGGAAGUGGUCGAACCAGCAGAGAGCAGGAUCAGCAGGACAUUAAAAGAGCAGCAAGAGAGACAGCUCAAUGUGUUUGACAACGAUGACAUGGACAUGAAUGAUUUUCCAUAUGCUGAGGAGGCCGGUUCCAGUGAGACCAAGGCUCCAACCCACCUAGACAUAAUGACUCAAUUGGUAAAACCAAAUGCUUCAAAGAAGUGUCUAAGCCCUUCAGACAAAAAAAGUUAAGAAGUGAGAACAAAGGCAUUUGAUAUUGGUCUUUCAGAUGGUAUAUAGAAUGAGUAAGCAACAGAUCCCAGGAGAAAGCCCAGUCCAGAACAGUUUAUUUUGCUGAGCGUUUAUUACAUAAACUUCAUAUGUGCAUUGAAUGCUGGAGCACUGAUUGCUCUGCAUGGUUGGGUUGGGUAGGUAGGGCUUGCUUUGAGUAGGUGGUCUGCAACUUUAAAGAAAGUAACAGUUGAACUUUUUCAUAAGCCUUAAAAGUCUUGUCUGAGGGAGUUUCCUCAGAUCCUUUGGGGUGUGAAUUUUUUUAUACUUUUUGAUUGUGGGAGCAAAAUUUAGAUGUAAAGCCUGAAAAGAAGAUGGGAAGCUUCUGUGGUACAAAGGGGCAGUUGCUUUAAAGGCGUUAUAUUUCUGAGGCUUGGGAAGUGGAUGAGAUGCAUGGCCUGUUGGAGGUAGCAGGGCUAGCACUGCACAGCUUCUUUUUUGUGUGUGCGCCUGUUAAUUUAAGCAUGUCAUGUUAAUGUAAAAAGAUGAAAUAGAUUAUAAAUUGGUGUAGGUACAUUUUUCCAGAGGAAAAUAUACACUUUUUAAACCUAACACAAGAGAGUGGGCACAGUUGUAAUACAGUACUCGCUGCUGUGCAGCCAUAGUGACAGUCACACAAACACACUCUCUCACUUCCAAGUGAAUUGCUUACUUGAUUGGAAAUUGAGUGAUCCCUUAAGAGAACUGAAAUAACAGGAUGCAUAUUUAUAAAGAGAAUGUAAGCAAAUAAUAGGAAAAUGGGAGAGGAAUAAGCAAUACACUGCCAGAUUUGGAAAGUUUCAGGUGUCUGAAAUGAAAUUAAUCACAAAACAUGAAUUUUAGAGUUUGCACCACAGAGCACUGGUGGAGCCUUUCAAUUUAAAUUAAAAAUGGGAGUUAUAUUUUGCCAGAAGUUUUUCUUCCAUUUAUCAAAAUGGGAACACUUCUUACAACGUUCAUCACUUGAAAUGUCAAAUAUUUGCUAACUUUUGGUUACCAAAGAGUAAGUUAGUUAUUUUCCUUUUUGAUUUGCCUGCAGUAUUUCUAUUUUUAGGGGGGGGGAAAUUAGCAAGGUUCGUUUUAUUUUAUUGUAUAUUUUACUGAUGGUAAUAAAAGUGUUUAAUGGUUUUCAUUUGUAAAGAAAACAGUUGAUUAAAACUGAAACAUUGGCUGUAGUUUUUGGUUCAUAGUAGGAAGGAAGCUUUUAAUUUUGAAAAGGAUUUUUGCAUCAUUUGAUGGUUUGUGCAGUUUUUAUAUUUUUUGUAAAUAAUGGAAGUUGUUAAAUACCUUUUGAUCUUCCCACUUUAGAAUUUAUACAUUUUUAGACUGCUUUAAGAAGAAACACUCUCUUUUUAGAUUAUUUAUUUUAGUGAAAUAUGCUUGUAAUCCCUUUCUUCAAUCCCUUAUUUGUUAGUAAUGUAAAUUUCCAUGCCUUCACUUAACUCUUCCCCUCAAAAGAGGGAAAUGAUGACAAUGCUGUGACUCUGCUUAAAUAAAACAAGGCUGCCAAUUGC